CUGCCCGCCGCUUUAAAUGAUUUGGAGGGCCGGUGGCUACCGGGGCUGCUGUUGCCGGUGCCGCGGUCGCCUCCGCGUCCCUUCCCCCGGCGGGGCGAUGGCGGCGGGAGCGGGGCCGGCGUGCCUGUACCUCGGGCUGUGCUGGGCGCUGGCCGCGGCGGAGCGGGGGCUGCAGCGGGGCAUCUGAAACCUCAAGUACUUCUUCCCAGUCCUGUCUGCCUAGAAUCUGUAAGGCUGCAGUAAACCCGCAGUGUUCUUGAAUGGUUGCUACCUCCAGCCUUUGAGGCCACAUGUCUGUCCAGUGUUUGAGUUGGCGCUGGUUGGACACCAACAGCCGUGUGUUCAAGCCUUCAGUCGUACGGUCAAGAUGUGGAAGCAAGGUUGCACAGGGAGGAGGUGGUGUAUGGGCUAUGAGAGAAGGUCUGGGUACUACACAGUUUACAAGCAGGCGUACAGAAUGGAGCGUCAGACUGCCUACAAGUGCUGCCCUGGAUGGGUCCAACAUGACAACGAACCUGGCUGUUUGCACUUGCUGUGUACCGUUGGCACUUGCUUCAACGGAGGGAAAUGUUCUGAAGCAGGAUCCCAGAUGUGCCAGUGUCCUGCGGGAUUUCAGGGGUCUCGCUGCCAGUAUGACGUAAACGAGUGCACCACUGAGAACGGCGGCUGUCAUGACCAGUGCUGUAAUACCAUCGGCAGCUACCACUGCAAGUGUCCAGCUGGCCAGAAACUGGAGGAAGAUGGAAAAUCCUGUGGAGACGUGGACGAGUGUGCGGUGGUGAAUGGUGGCUGCCAGCAAGGCUGUGUCAACAUGCACGGCUCCUUCCACUGCCAGUGCCGGGCGGGAUACAGGCUCCACGCUGAUGGACGCACUUGCAUAGCCGUCAGUUCCUGCAGUGUGAACAAGGGGGGCUGCGAGCAGGAGUGCGUUCAGCUCGGUGAAGACCGCUACAAGUGCCAGUGCCAGCCCGGCUACCAGCUGAAGAGGGAUGGCAAAUCCUGUGAAGACAUUGACGAGUGUGCAGAAGGGAGAGCCAGGUGUGCUCAUCGUUGUGUGAACACUCUGGGGUCCUUCACCUGUGUCUGUAAUCCUGGCUUCGAGCUGGGGGCUGAUGGAAGGCAGUGCUACCGCAUCGAAAUGGAAAUUGUCGAUAGCUGCCAGGACAACAACGGCGGCUGCUCUCAUCACUGCGAGCACACGACUGCGGGGCCGCGCUGCUCCUGCGAUGACGGCUAUCGCCUCAACUUUGAUGGCAAAACGUGCGCAGAGCUGGACGAGUGCGAGACCGGCGAGUCCUGCUGCUCCCAAUUCUGCAUCAACUACGCGGGCGGCUACGAGUGUGCCUGCAAGGCGGGGUUCCAGCCCAACGCCGACGGCUGUGCCUGCGACGAUGUGGACGAAUGUCGUCUUGAUAAUGGCAACUGCGACCACUUCUGUGUUAAUUCUCUGGGGUCGUACGAAUGUGCAUGUAAGGAGGGUUACAGGCUUGGGGUUAACAGAUGGUCCUGCAUCGCCCUAGGUGGGGAGGAGGCGGAUGCGGAGGAGGCAGCGGGGUUCGCCGGGGCUCCAGGGCUGCAGUUCAGAGGUCCCCCCCAGCUCCUUCACUACGCGCUCGGUGCCCUCUACGAGGAUGAAGACCCGCGAGGAGAGCUCACCCUGGUGCACAGGGUCGUUUGCCUUGAUAACACUUUUGGCAGCGACUGUAGCUUGAGCUGCGAGGACUGUCUGAACGGAGGCGGAUGUAACAGCGAACACAGCGGCUGUGUUUGCUCGCCUGGGUGGACCGGCAUCAUCUGUAACGAAACGUGCUCCCCCGGGACGUAUGGCAGAGGCUGUGCCAGCGUUUGCAAGUGCCAGAACGGAGGCUCCUGCGACCCCAUCACGGGGCAGUGCCGCUGCCCGCCCGGCGUGCAUGGCAAGCUCUGUGAAGACGGUUGCCCAAAAGGCCUCUUUGGGAAGAACUGUAACAAACCAUGCAACUGCGCCAACAACGGCUACUGCCACAGACUCUACGGAGCCUGCCUGUGUGACCCCGGGCUCUACGGGCGCUUCUGCCAUCUUACCUGUCCCAGGUGGGCCUUCGGAGCCGGCUGCUCGGAGGAGUGUCAGUGCGUGAAAGAGCACACGCUGGAAUGCAACGCCAGGAACGGGACUUGCACCUGCAAGCCAGGUUAUCACGGCAAAAAGUGUCAGAAAGAGUGCGCACCUGGCUUUUAUGGGGCGGGUUGCAAACUGAGGUGCGACUGUCCUCCUGAUGUUUCGUGUAAUCCUGAGACGGGAGCCUGCAAGCAUCCGUGUCCACCCGGGUUUCGUGGAGAAAAAUGCCAUUUAUCUUGUCAGCCCGGGAGCUUUGGGGUGAGCUGCAGGCAGAGGUGCAGCUGUGGAGAAGCACCAUGUGAUCCGAAGACGGGGCAGUGUAUUUGCCCAGCCGGGAAGGCUGGUGCUACGUGUGAGCAAGAUUGCCCGGCCGGUCGGUGGGGACCAGACUGCCAGUCCUCCUGUGAGCCCUGCGCCAACGGGGGCCAGUGCAACAGAGAAACUGGAGCCUGCGACUGUCCCCCUGGCUACACCGGGGCAUCCUGCUCUGCAACCUGCCCUGACGGUUACUAUGGACAAAAUUGCCUGCUGUUGUGCAGCUGCGGCAGCGGUGCUCCGUGUCACCACGUCACCGGAGAGUGCACAUGUCCCCCCGGCUGGACUGGCCACGACUGCAAACACCCCUGCAAUGGUGGCCGUUGGGGACUGCGCUGUGAAAACGCGUGUGUCUGCAAUAACAGCGACGGUAGCUGCGAUCCGGUCACCGGCUCCUGCUUCUGUGAGCCGGGAUUCACUGGGAAACACUGCGAAUGGAGAUGCCCCGAGGGGAGCUUUGGCCCGAGCUGCGAGUCCAGCUGUCGGUGCCAGAACGGAGCUGCCUGCGACCACGUCAGCGGCGCCUGCACUUGCGCGGCGGGCUGGACAGGAACCUUUUGUGAAAGAGCUUGUCCAGAUGGAUUCUUUGGGCUUGACUGCCACCAGGUGUGCAAGUGCAAGAAUGCUGCCGGCUGCGACCACGUCCUGGGAACCUGCCGCUGCCUCCCCGGCUGGCUGGGAGAGACCUGCGAGCAGCGUACGUACGGGCUACGCUCACCACCCCCGCUCCCAAACUCUUCCAGCAUUGACAUGGGCUCCUUCUGGGAACGCAGGAUGACCUACCAGGCCUGCCAGGGGGACAGCUAUGGGCCAGGCUGCAGCCACGCUUGUCACUGUCACAACGGAGCCCUCUGUCACCACAUAACCGGGAUGUGCCUUUGUAGCCCGGGGUGGAAAGGAGCCACCUGCGAAGAAGCCUGUCCUCCUGGAUGGUACGGUGCAAACUGUCUACAGCGCUGCGUCUGCCACGGCCAGGCGACGUGUGACCGGGUGACGGGCGAGUGCCGGUGUCCCCAGGGUUGGACGGGGAUAGCCUGUGAGCUGGAGUGUGGGGACGGGAGGUCCGGAGAGGGCUGUGAGCGGAACUGUAGCUGCCACCAUGGGGUUUGUGACCAGCACUCGGGGAAAUGCAUCUGCCACGCCGGCUGGACUGGGGACCGCUGUGAUGUUGUCUGUCCCCCGGGAUUUUUUGGCAAGCAGUGCGAGGAGCAAUGUGACUGCGUGCACGGCUCGUCCUGCCACCAUCAGAAUGGAGCGUGUCGCUGUGAGAAGGGAUGGCGAGGGAGGCACUGUGACAAACCUUGUUUGCCCGGCCGCUACGGUGCGGGCUGUGCCCAGCGGUGCCGGUGUCCCGCGGGUACCCCCUGCCAUCACCUGACGGGCGCAUGCGGCUGUCCUCCGGGAUUCACCGGCUACGGCUGUGAGAAAACUUGUCCACCGGGCACGUAUGGUAAGAGCUGUAACCGAGUAUGUCAGUGCUCUGCCGAGAAUGAGGAAUGUCACCCGGUGACCGGCGCCUGUGCCUGCCGCCCCGGGUACUACGGGACCCGCUGCACCCUCCGGUGUCCGAAAGGUACUUACGGUUCAAACUGCCAAACCCCCUGUAAAUGCAUGAACGGAGGCCAUUGCAACCCUGCGUCGGGAACUUGUGAUUGCGCGCCUGGUUUCAUUGGAGCCGACUGUAGUAAAACUUGCCCUGAAAACCGAUACGGGAAGGACUGCACUCUGUUCUGUGCAUGCGGUAAAGGUCAGUGUGACCCACGGACUGGCAAGUGUACCUGUCCUCCCGGCCAAAUGGGGACCAGCUGUCAGCAAGUGUGUCCCCAGGGACAAUACGGCCCCAACUGCCAGCUGACGUGUGCCUGUCAGAACGGUGGUAUCUGUGACCACGUGGAUGGCAACUGCACUUGCGGGCUCGGCUGGACAGGAAGAUCGUGUGAGAAAGCAGAAUGUCUCCCAGGGAAGUACGGGUCUGGCUGUGGCCUGGACUGCUCAUGCCAGCACAACGGCACCUGCGACAGGUUCACGGGCUGCUGCCGGUGCCCCGAGGGUUACUACGGCCACUCCUGUGAGCACAGGUGUCCCCUUGGAUUCUAUGGGCUAAGCUGUCUUCAUGCGUGUGCCUGUAAAAAUGGAGCGAGCUGCGAUGCGGUGACAGGAGAGUGCGUUUGUCCUUUGGGUUAUCAAGGUGUCCACUGCGAGAAAGGCUGCGACAGGGGCUGGUUUGGAGAGAGGUGCCAGCGUCGGUGCAACUGCGGAGAUGCUCCUUGUGAUCCAGAGACUGGGAAGUGCCUUUGCCCACCCGGGAGGACUGGAGACAAGUGUAACGUCGAAUGCAGGUCCGACCGGUACGGCCCCGACUGCUCCCUGCGGUGCCAGUGUGCCAGCAAAUCCCAGUGCAAUCCGUACAACGGGAACUGUGUAUGCCCAGCCACGUGGAUGGGGCCAACCUGCAAAGAAGGUGGCCCUCCAAAGCUUCCUUUUUAUGAAGAACAAACUCAAGAAAGAGGGAAUAUUUUUCCAAGAGCUCUACAACAGUAACAUUUGGACUAAUAAAUGAACUGUUUUAUAUGCACAGACGGUAUUUGAAUUUGGAUAUGAAAACAGCUAUUCAAUUCAGCUUGAAUUGUACUGAAGUAUUCACACUUCUUGUGGAAGACUACAGAGGCCGUUUAGUAGCUGGAUCCUUUUAAAAAGCUGAAUCUGUUUCAUGUAUUUAUUUCUAGCCUCUUACCCCUCCAUUAAUCUGCUCUGGACGUUCUUUCUGAUAUAUAAUAUAAUUCAUUGUGUGAAAUCCUGGACGUGUUUUUAGUAAGACCAGUUCCAAAGCGUAUCAGGAUAAGCAGUAUGUAACAUAUCAACUUGCAGCGAGCCACACCACGUAGAAGUGACUUUGUAAACCCGCGUGACGACCAGCGUGAAGUUUAGUGAGCGUUUCAAGGAUUAUGAAGCGAAUGUGGAUCCACUGCAAAGUCACAUUGCACAGAAACAAGUGGGAUUCACCAAAUUAAUUCCGCUUUGAAUAACAUCAUAUGUUCUAGAAAAGCAUCCAAUCUGAUUUCAAACUUGCAACUGAGGAAGAGUCCAGCAGAGUCCUCAAUAAGUUGUUAAUUAAUUUAAGAAUAUGUACCACAUUUCUAGUGUGGAUUGACUGCUUGGAAGGUCUCCAUCUGUAUCUUGCUACGUCUGAGUGUCUUCCAAAGAGCAGGAUCUUGUCUGUCAGGCUCUUCUGGCUUUCUGCAUUCUCCGGUCUUGUCAGUUGAGUUUCUCAGUGGUUUGUCAAGUCAAACUGUGCAGCAGCUCUCCUGAAACAGUACCUUCUAACGCAUAAAAGAGUUUUGUCUUGCAUGGAGAAAGCAGAUGUUAAGCAAGGAUAGAUGCUUAGAAAUAAUCUCUGUGUUCCUUAUAUGAGGGAUUUCAAUGUGCCUUUACUGCACGGUAGUUUGAUUAAGUCAGCUUUAAAACAUCCUGACGCCAUUCAACAGCUGCUGUUGGGCACAUAAUAGAACAAAGACAUUUUGGUGCUAUUUGCCUGUUUAGACAGGUUGUUCUUUAGUAUAGAACCAAGUAAUUAUAAAGAAAUACUGGUCUCUAUUUUAGUAUUCUGAAUUAACCAGACUAAAAGAUUUUCAAGAGUGCCUCUUUAUACCUCUUUUUAGGUUAGGAGUUACAAAACCUAUGUAGUAACCUCUUGAAUCUGACUGUAUCAAAAGUGCACUUAUUAAAGGGCAUCAGGACCAUGGGCUCAGUAGCCAUGGUCGUACAGGCAGUUCUAGGUCUUGUGUUCACACUACCAUUGUGUUCACACGCCAUAAGGAAUUGCAGCUCUGCAAGGGAAGAUUUUUGUCUUAGAAGAGACAAAGUGGCAAUAGUUGGUGCUAAUACUUGUCAUUUAUAAAGAUGCUGGUGGUUGUUGCAGUUAGCUAAUGAGUAGGUGAAGUAACAGUUUUGCUCCAUGGUUCCACGGUUCACCUCAGGUCUUCAACACAUCUGGAGUCAUUAAGUGUCCAGCACAAAGCAAGUGGCACUUCCUCACCUGGGAGUUUAAUUCAAACUGUGAUCUAUUUGAAACAAUACUGGUUUAGUAGGUGUUCUUCAAGCUUCAUGGGAGUCUUAUUGUUUUUCAUCGCUUCGUAGGUAUUGAAAGUCAUUCUAAACACGGUAAAGAUACUUGUGAAUGUGUCAAAAUUAAUUAAGCGACUGUGCUUUCAGCCAGAAAAUCACAGGGGCUGGUGCUGAUCCUUUGUCAUUUCUUCUGUAGAGCUCUAUGAAUGUCACUGUAAAGUUUACUCAGUGGAAAUGUGACAAAAAUUGUCCCAAAACUAGUCAGAAGUGUGUGACUCUCAGCAGGGCUUUACUGUGAGCUCUGACGUUUUAAAUGUUCUUUUGGAGAUGUGAUGGCCUGGGUCUGAUCCUACAAUUAUGUGAAUUUGGGGCAGAUUCACUGAACUGGAACUGAUAAGGUAAAUCUCAUGUGAGACAAUUAAAUAUAAUCUUAGCAACUGCUGGAGAAGAAUGGUCCAAGUUAAGCAAUUGACAUAUUUUGAUCUUAACUAUGCAUUUGCCGCAGAGCCAAACUACAAUGCAAGUGGUGCAUUAUAUUCAAGAUUUUUUGUAGAAUCAUAGAGUAAGUUAAGCUGUAAGAGACCUCUAGAGGUCCAGGCUUCUCUUCAAAGCCUGGUCAACUUCAAAGUUAAAUGGGAUUGCUUGGAGAUUCAUCCAGUUGUUGUGACUAUCUCCAAGGAUAUCUUUGAGCCCCUGUCCCAGUGAAAAUGUCAUGCUCCCAAUUUUUUUUUUUCCAAGUUUCUAAUCAGAAUUUCCUACGUUUCAGCUUUGGCCUGAUGCUUCUCAUCCUUUCAGUGAGCAUCUCUGAGAAGCAUUUGGCUUCAUCUCAUCUACAGCCCCCAUGGGGUAGCUGAAGACAGCAGUAAUACCUCCCGUUGGUCUUCCUUUCCGCAGACGGAGCAAACCCACUCCCUCAGACCCCACUGUAUCAGCCCCAGUUUACCCCGGUGACCCCCCACUGACCCCAUUCCCAUACAUCGGACAUUUCAGGUUAGGGAAAGAUGCCCGGUGACUGGUGUGGUUACCCAACCGCUAACGCAUAAACCCCAGGAGCUUGCAUUUUGCUGUUUCCCAGCAGUUUAUAAAAUGUACUGGUUUUUUUCUUUUCCAUAUAUACUGAUCUGUGGUUAGAGCAGCUAAUCGAAGGGGAAGCCUUUCUCAAGCCAUAUUAUUUACACCUGUGUAUACUUGUUUACAUUUUCCACAGUACCUUGGUAAUAGAAUUGUAAAUAUGUAGUAUAAAGGAAAUAAAGGAUUUUUGUAUUAACUAUUUUUUAAAGAAUGUCACAAUUUUAGGUACAUGAUGAAACACAUAUUUUAAGUGACUGAUACUGAGCCCGUGCCAAUGAAUUAGAGGCCCAAGUAGAUCUGCCUGGGAAAUAGUUCAGCAGACUUUAUUUUUUUAAAUCAGAAAAUGCCAAUUCAUACAAAACCAUUUACAUGCCAUAGUCUUUCUUAUUCAUUCCUCCUUCAAAAUUCUUCUUAGCUUCUUUAUGUUAUUGCCUUGGGGAAAGAAGUUCUCUUCCGUGCCAUUAAACAGAUCAUUCUGAUUGGGGGUUCAAUAUGACUUUUUGUUCCAAAACAAAGUACAGUCGUAUAAAGGUAAGAAUCAAAAUUAAAUAUUUCAAAAGUAUUAAAAGUUGUAUUUUGAUUGGGGUAGUUUUGAAUUUCUUUUCUUGGUUCUCUAUUUGUGAACGUUUUCACUUUUUUCCCAAGGCAGGGAAAAUGUUUACGGGAUGUUGUUUUCUAGAAGAGCCAAAACUUUACCUCAUUAGCUAUUAAUUAAGGAAGUUUACUUGCUUGUGAUGUCAUUAAUAGUUUUUGAUUCUGCUCCUUACUGCAGAUUAACAAAUUUACCUAAUUCUGUGCCUACAAAAUAGACUUUAUUAGACAGCAUGGACUUUUUAAAUGGAAAAACUACUAAAUCAGGUUUUCCGUAGAUUAAUUUUGUGGCAAGUGAGUGUAACUGCUACUAAAAUAAUAUUACUCUGCUUAUUUGCUUCAUCGGAUUCCAGUGAAUCUGUCUGUCAGGCCGAUACUGUCCUGAACAUAGCACUGGAGCUUGUUGAAAAUGAAAGUGAAAACUUCAGUGAAAAUGUUUUUUAUGUUUAAAUUUAUGUCCAUCUUCCACUUGGUAAAUGCCUUUCUUGGCUCUCCAUUUCCCAGAAGGCUGAAGUUAAUUAUGCUUCCUUGAAAGGAGCGCUCUGUGUAUUCCACUGUAACGCACUCGCAUGCACAGAUAAAACUCCUUUCAAAAAGGCAUUUAAAUCAUUUUGACCGUGCAGUUUCUGUGCCAAAUCCCACUCUCUUACCUUGUUGUGUAUCCCAGAUAACGUCAGUCUGAGAAGAGCGGGAAUGAGUUUUGUGUAACUCGGUGGGUCCAGCAGAAUCUUACUCAGUGCGAAUUCAUGAAACCAGAACAUGUUUUAAGUUAGAGUUGAGUAUUUAUAACACUAUGUCCUCAUAGGAAAACAAUCAGAAUUUAAAAAAUUCCCCGCUUCCCCUGCCAAAAAUUAUUAUUCUACUUUUAUCCUUUUUGUGUUGAAGAGCCAUAGCUGUUAAAGUUUGCCCGGAUUUCUUGCCAACUGUAUUAUUUUGAUUGGCUGCAGCUUUCUGUUUGUGUAAGGAAUAACCAUCAUAGUAUCAGGAGUUGCCAACGGGACAAACAUGGAAAUGAUACCUUUAUGCCCUUCCCAGGAGAGCCAAGGACACCUUUUGGAGCCAUCGUGGCUUCACACUUGUUGAUCUAACAGUGACAAAUAACAACGUUUCUUUUAGAGUUUAGCUUUUUAUCAGCUAGGAAAAGCUUAGGAAGGGUCCUUGGGUGAACUGGUGGACCAAGAAACCUCCAUCCUCUCAUCCUCACGUUAACGUUUUUAAUAGUUAGGCCAGAAACCUUCUCAGACCCUGGUUCUUGAAGGACUUUUCCUGCACGAUGACCUGUGGCUGACUGCAGCGGCUCCAUGCGCGAGCUGCCACUGUGCCCAGUAAUGCUUUUGCAGGGCCAAAACUUCAAAUUCUAACCGUGUGUAAAGCAAUUGCCAGCGGUAAACACCGAGUCUCAGACUUUUAGAACAUAAAUUGUUUAUUCUGUUCUUUUUGUUGCUUUUAAUAAGCACUUGCGUAGCAAUAUUAUGUCUUUGUGAAUUUGUAACCCCUCUUCAAAGAAUAUGUGGGAUGUAUCUCAAACUGUCCUGUACUUUCUGUAGUACAUGUAUCAUAGUGAAAGCUGAUUGUUUUUUGGUUUUUUUAUAUCCAUGUCAUUAAAACUUUUUCUUGUUUUCUCCUUAUUGAUAGUCUUGAAGCAGUAGGCUUACGUUGUGGAUGAAACUUUACUCUGUUAAACUAAUUCACAUUCCGAACAACCACACCAAAAUCACACCUGCUUUUAGUAGUUUGUGUAGAAUAAAUAAUGGCCCUACAGAAAUGGGUUUAUACAUGAGCCCUGACCAGAGCAACUUGUCCAGUGACCGAGCCUGAUAAAUAGAGGUUUCUGGCACUCAAGACUCCAGAGUAUUAGAAAUAUUCAAAACACAGCAUAAAUCUUGCUGGAAGAGGAUGGUUACGAAGUGUAACAUUUCUGGAAGACUUGGGCACGAAGCAUUUGGAAGGCAUUUGAAACCGCACACCUGCGGGCUUCCAUCAGCCUUCUUGGACACUUCCCAGAGCCUAAUACUCGCCGAACAAAUAGCCCGGUUCACCUUAGGGGUAUUGUCUUCUCGCGUUGGCAGGAGCUAAAGGAACACAUGUGCCAGUUUAAUGCCAAAUAAUGCAGUAAGUGUGUGCUGCUUAAUUGGAAGUAGCAUGCUAAAUUGAAUUGAGAAUGUGUAACAAAGGGGGACAGUAUAUCAAGCUGUCAGAGAAAAAGCAGACAGAUAUAGUUAGCUUCUGGGAGAGCAGCUCUACAGGCUUGGACUUAUUUUUAAAUGUUAGAGCAAACCCUUUUAAGUUGAGCUCUGUAGUACUGCAGGACUUUGUCAUAUGUGAUUUACUUCAUCGUCCAUACAGUUUUCAACGAGGAGCAGAAUAAUUAAGUUCAUUUGAUUUGUCGUCUUUUUAACAUCCGUUAUAAAGAUAGCUUUAUAAGCACGGCAACCUAUUCAGUAAUUUAUUAGAAACAAUAUUUAAGGUAUUCAAAGAAAUUGUAGAAGUUUUUGCACUAACCUUCCGGUCCCAAUCAUUGCCAUUAAGAGCUGAUCAAAAAGUAGACGUGUUGGGUUAAUACUCUCAACCCGUGCAGAGUUGGCAUUGAUCUGUGUCUUAAACCUUUAGAGAAGCCACUUGCAGCUCUUGAAGAGCUCACGUGUGCCUGCAGUAGAUGUAUGGCAUGGGAAUAAAAGUGAUCGUGGGACCGGGAUCCAGGACGCGGGGCUCCAUGGGCUGGUGCCCUCAGCAUCUCCAGGCGCUGUUACACCAAUCUGCAGCCAGCGCUGCUUAUCUCUUAUUUUAGUCAGCACUAAAAGUUCACAGGGUGCUAAUAGAGUAUUCUGUGUGCACACAGUAAAAAAAAACAAUCUGUCCAAAACCCAUAAAUGAUUUUAAAAUGACUUAAAAGUUCUGUAUGAUAAGGCACUGCUUUGUUGAUUUCUUCAAGCAUGGUAGUUAAAAAAAAAAAAAAUACAACUCAGUUGUGUUGGUUUAUAUAUGAAUAAAGAUGUCAGCAACUAGUCAUCUAACUGUCCGUGCCAUUUGGCAGUAUCUAGCUUCCUUUUCAGUAAUAGCCCAAUAAAUCUUUAUCUUUUAGUAAGCUGAUGACAACAAAACAUCUUGAGAAGCUGCAUGUGGUGUAGAUAUUAUGGUUAAUGUUUAAAAUGCUCUGUGCCAUCAUCUACUGGGUGUUUUCUCCAGGCCAGAUGUAACAUCUUGUCUUAAGGCAUGUGCUCGUGUCUCCCUCUAGUGACUCCAAGGGCCUAAUUAUAAUUAAACUAAUUAAUUAUUUUAAGGUCUGUGAUUUCUUGGUAUAAGAGAUGGAAGAGUUAGGCUUGCUGCUGCUCGCAGGUCAAAUCUUGGCUAAUCAAUUAAUAUAGUGAAGUACGACUUAGUAGCAUCAGUCGUGGACCACGGCCCAGCUGAGCAAAGGCUGUGCAAACGUAGCAAGGCGAUGGUCCUGCCCCAAGCCCACCGUGGUUGUCCACAGCAACUGCGGUCCAUCUACUGCUCACGGGGCCUUAGUGCUUGCACAGGCCUCUUACCAAAAGUAAUACAAGAUUUGCAGCUUUCCAAAUUGCAGAAGUUUCUGCGUUUCCUAUCGACGUUUUCUUUCUGCCUACAAGUCCUUCUUAGUUCAUCCAGAAACAUGCUCCAUGUUCCCACUGAUUCUGCCCUGUUGCUCCAGUUCUCAUUAACGAGACACGGCUCUG